CCGGGUGCCCAGGCCGGGUUUUCCCGGGUUGGGUUGAGUUUCGGAGAGUUGAGUUAUGGCCUCUAGGAAUCAGCAAUUGCGCGAACUGCAGGGACAGCUGCUCCCGUCCAAGGCCCUGGUGGAGGGGAACGAGGACUGCCUGGAGGAGGAGGACGAUGACUGCCUGGUGGAGGAGGAGGACGAGCCGGUGUUUGUGGACGCCGAGGAGCUCUGCAGCGGGGGCCUCAGGGCCGGCAGCCUCCCCGGGUGCCUCCGCGUUGUAAUUUCUGAUGAAAACACUCGGGAGAAGUAUGAAGUGUCUGGACAUUUUCCAUUAACGGGUCCUUGGUGGCGAGUGAAGGUACAAGUAAAGCCUGCAGGAUCAAGGAACUAUCAAGUUCAAGGAUUUCCAUCGUACUUUUUACAGUCUGAUAUGUCACCACCGAAUCAAGAAAAUAUCUGUUCCCUCUUUCUUAAAGACUGUAAUGUCCCCAGUGACACUAUAACUAAAUUUUUAGCUUGGGUAAAUGCAACAUUAGGCUAUGAAAAUCUCAACUUUGAAAAUCUUUGGGAAAUGUUGAGAACUUUUGAGAAGGAAAAUAUGAAGAAUGGUAAAAAACAAUCUACACAGCAAGAGUCCCAACCAGAUAACAAGAUGUGGCGUUCUAUGAAAAAAACAAUUCCAUUUAGAAGUGUAAUGAUAGCGUUGAAGUUUCCAAAAAUAAUGGAAUUUCUUCCAGUUCUUCUGCCUCGACACUUUAAGCAGCUCAUAAGCUCGUGUCCUAACGAGGUGUUGGGAAACAUGGAAGAGAUUUUAGGUACACAUCCAUGGAAGCUUGGAUUUAGUAAAAUCACCUACAGAGAGCUGAAGCUUUUGCAGUGUGAGGCAAGUUGGACAGCAUUUUGUCAGUUUCCGUCUCUCCUCCUCCUGAUGACUGAUGUGCAGAAGAAUGGGCUGAUAGUAUAUUCUAAGCUGAAGCAGCUGUGCAGAGAGCAUGGGCACACAUAUGUGGAAGAACCUGACUUAACUUCUCUGUUGUCAAACCAGAUGUCUUUUUAUGAUGUUUGGGAGUCUCUGAAGUUUUUGAAGGAUAUCAACGUGGUGACCUAUAAGAAGGAAUGUGUCUUUCUGUAUAACCUUUACCAGGCUGAGAAAGGCAUUGCCUCUUCUAUAGGUGACCUGAUGAAGAGGCCUCCGUGGUAUUUUCAUGUCGAUGUGAAAAAGGUGCUUGCGUCUAUUCGUACCAAAAAACCUGAGAAUUCAGGAAGGGGUGAUCCAUUGAACGAAAGUAAACCCGAUGAAACAUUAGAAACUUCUGAGGCCAACACACAGGACAGUGGGGACCAUAUUUGUGAUCAUGGUGAAGAUGAAGGUAAUGCAGAAAUACCUGACGAUCAACUGGACCAGGACCAAGUGGCUGCCUUGGAGAUGGUCUGCUCCAAUGCUGUGACAGUCAUCAGUGGGAAAGGCGGUUGUGGGAAGACCACAAUUGUUAGCCAUCUUUUUAGGCAUAGAGAGCUGUUGGAAAAAAGGGAAGUAAAGAAAGCUUGUGAAGACUUUGAGCAAGACCAGGACGUACCAGAAGAGUGGAUUACCUAUACAGAGCAAAGUCUGCCAAAGGCAGACAAGGGUAUAGAAGUUUUACUUACGGCACCUACAGGGAAAGCUGCUGGCUUACUGAGACAAAAGACUGGUUUUCACGCUUAUACACUGUGUCAGGUCAGUUACAGCUUCUAUUUUUGGAAGAAAACAAUUGACAAGGAGAACAGAGAGAAUAAUAGUCCAUGGAGAUUUUCUUCAGUGAGAGUUCUGGUUGUGGAUGAAGGGAGUUUGGUAUCUGUAGUAAUCUUCAAAUCUGUUUUAAAUUUAUUGUUUGAGCACUCCAAUCUUUCUAAGCUUAUUAUCCUUGGUGAUAUUAGACAGUUACCCAGCAUUGAACCUGGCAACUUACUGCAAGAUCUUUUUGAUACUCUUAAGUCAAGGAAUUGUGCUAUUGAACUAAAGACAAACCAUAGAACAGAAUCUGAGCUAAUUGUGGACAAUGCUACAAGAAUCUCAAAACGCCAAUUUCCAAAAUUUGAUGCGGAGCUGAGUAUCUCAGAUGAUCCAACAAUCCCUGUCUCAGUACAAGAUAAAACGUUUAUUUUUGUGAGACUCCCAGAAGAGGAUGCCAGUUCUCAGUCAUCAAAAAGUAAUCACCACUCUUAUUUAUAUUCUGCUGUUGAAACUUUACUCAAAGAAAAGGACCUAGAGUGUGCAGAAACAUCACAAUUUAUUGCAUUUAGAAGGCAAGACUGUGAUGUCAUCAACGACUGCUGUUGCAAGCACUACACAGGCCUCCGACACAAAGACCAUAAGAAUAGACUUAUAUUUGGAGUUGGCCAUAAAAUUUGUUGUACCAGGAAUGCAUAUCUCUCGGAUUUACUGCCUGAAAAUAACUUCAACAGUCAGAAGAGUAAUGAACUAGAAGAUGGUAUGCCUCAUGGUGCUGCUAAAAAUAAGCAUGACUUUGAAAGUGGUAUUCGACUCUGUAAUGGAGAAAUAUUUUUCAUAAGAAAGGAUAUAACUGAUGUAACUUUUGGAAAGAGAAGAAGAUAUUUGACCAUUGAUAAUAUGGCUGGUUUGGAAGUAACUGUGGAUUUUAAGAAACUAAUGAAAUUUUGUCACAUAAGACAUGCAUGGGCAAGAACCAUUCACACUUUUCAGUACACCGCGGUGACCCGCGGCCGCAGCAGAGUGUACGCCAUUGCAGAAGAGGCUCAUCUCCGGAGCGCAAUUUCCAGGAACAACGUCCGCAGAAAAACUCGUUUAAAACAUUUUCUGCAAGACCAGCUCUCCUCAAGCUCUGAGUCUCCGGCGGAGGGUGCAUCCCCGUCCAAGGGCCCUGAGGACAGAAGAGGCGCCAGCACACCGCCGCCAGCAUCCCCGUUCCCUGCAGCCGCUGACUCGGUGACCGACGAUGGCCAGGCCUCUGCGGCUGCGUUCGAGGCAUUCGCCUGGCCUGGCGGGUGGAGAGGAUUUUUCCCUGGUGAAACGAAUGCAGGCGAUGAUCCAUCCCAACCGCGAGGGUCCAAAAGAACCUGUGCCAUGGCUGAUGAAAGUCCCAGCAAAGUCCGCAUGGUUUCAGCUGUCACCUUUGCACUGGUGAUUUGUCAACCAACAGUCUCAACUGUCCACUGCAUUCCAGGUGUCGGGGACUCCGUGGUAAGUGACAGUCCCCUCUCGCACUCCUGGCCCCGGGUGGGGGCAAAGGCUGUGCUUCCCCGAAUGCUCUUCACACCGAAGGGGAGGGACGAACCGGCUCCCCAGGCUGCAGCUUUGUUCCUGGGAUUGACUUUCUGGGACCACAGCCCAGCAUCUGACUCUUUUUUUCUGCUUUCUCCACUUCAAACAGCAUUCUCCCAGUUACACAGGCCGGACUCACCUUGCCUUCGCCCUCUACCACCAGUUGAUAGAUUUAUUGCAAAAUGUAGCUCUCAGGAAUUUCUUUCAUUCCAUGAGGUCUGGGCAAUUUUAGAGCCUUACUUCAUUUUCUCGGAUGAUUGCUGACCCGCUGCCUCCCCCCUCACUCCCAUCCUCCUAGAACACCCUGCACCUCGUUACCAAAUUCACCCCCUUAAGUGCUCCGCUCUUUCCUGUGUUAAAGCCUUCCACUUAAGUUCCAGACUGUCUAGCUUGGCAUCUGAGACCUUGCACAGUUUGACUCCAGCUCUCGGCAUCAUGUUAUUUCCCACUGCUCUAUUCCUGCGUUAGUCCAGCUAGUCCUCAUUCACUGAAAUGAGCCAAACUUACUCUCAUUUCUUCCUUUUGGCUUUUGCUGUGCGACUUGGUUUGGAUGCCUUAUUCUCUCUGCCUGCCCUCGUUUAGCAUUUGAUGGAAGUUUGGAUCCUCUUCUGGCCACUGACCUAAAUGUGGAGGGAGGAAAACAGCCCCCUCUCUGGCUUUGUUGACGUUACAGUCUACCAGUGGGUCAUAGGCAGUAAAUACAAGAGAAAUAAAAUGUUCAGGUCAAGAAAGAUUCUAUGACGAAAAGAAAGGUAAUGAGGUAGGGAACGCUGGGAGCAGGGGGAAGGCGGCAGGAGGUGCUACUUUGCCAUGGGGGUCAGGUAAGGCCUCACUGAGGAGAGCACAUGUGAGCUGAUCAACCAACAGCCCCGUGGGGCUCAGAGAAGUGCCUCCAGGUGGAGGAUACAGAAGAGGCAAAGUCUGAAGAGGGAACGGCCUUGUUGGAAGGGAAGCGGCUGAUGUGCCGGUGGGUGAGGAGGAGGGUGUGUAGGUGGUGAUGCUGGAGAGAUGGUGGAGCUGUGGGAGGGAGAUGGGGAUGCGCUGGAGCUUUAGCACAGGUGUGACCCUGUGUGUGCUUACAGUCAGCCCGUGUGCUGCUGUGGAGAGUGAACUGUGGAAAGUGCGGUGGGAGCAGGGAGGCCAGUCAGAAGGCUGUCCUAGGGAAGGUGUAGGGAGGAGCAGGGAGGCCAGUCAGAAGGCUGUCCUAGGGAAGGUGUAGGGAGGAGCAGGGAGGCCAGUCAGAAGGCUGUCCUAGGGGAGGUGUAGGGAGGAGCAGGGAGGUGAUGAGAAGCGGAGAGAUGCUGGAUGCAUUCUGCAGAUGGCGUCAACACGACCUGCUGAUUAGAUGUGAGGGGGUAAAACAAAACGUUAUCCAGGCUGGUUUCUGGGUUUCUGGUUGAAGUAACUUGGUGAGUGGCAGGGCCGCUUCCUGGGAUUGCAAGGCCUUGAG